AUGAGAGGAAUCAUAUUUGAUGGUGUGUUUGAUGUUGCUGGUGCUGGGAAGAUGGAGAGAGAAGUUUAUCGCCUGAGUUCCGCCAUUAACAGCACAGCAGAAAUCAUCCGUCGCUGCCUGCAUAAUGACGCUAGCACUUCUCCUCCAACAAGGCUGGUCCGUUGGAACAACGACAACCAUGUCUGCACCAUUCUCAAUGUUGACGGUAGCUGUAUUGGAGACCCAAUUCGCACAGGUUUUGGAGGUGUUAUCCGAAGCUAUUCAGGAAGCUAUGUCACUGAAUUUUCGGGAUUCAUAAAUAGUCCCAACGACAUCCUUUUUGCAGAACUGACGGCGAUAUAUCAGGGGUUACAAUUGGCAGUAAAUUUAGAUUUUGAGGAAUUGGUUUGUUAUUCUGACUCUCUGCUUGCGGUUAAUCUCAUCAAGGGAGACACUUCCUUCUAUCAUGUUUAUGCUGUGCUCAUUCAAAAUAUUAAGGACCUGCUGAAUUCAAGAAAUUACUCUAUUCAUCACUCGCUUAGAGAGGGUAAUCAUUGUGCAGACUUUAUGGCGAAGCUAGGAGCUACAACAGAUGUUGAUUUAACUGUCUACUCAUCUCUUCCUGAAGACCUGCUGUCGCUGCUUUUGACAGAUGAGAUGGGAGCUUUGUUCCUUAGGAGCUAG